AUGAGAACUUAUUGCCUUAUUACGUUGUUCCUUUUCCACUUCGCCACCGUUACAACCGCCACAUCGCUUAUGAGUGUAAUGCUUCCUUUAAAUUUGAACGUGAAUGAUGGUUUGGUGAUUGAGAUGGCAAAUUUCGCGGUAACAGAGCAUAACAAGAGAACCAACGCGAACCUGAAGCUCGCACAAAUCUUAAGUUGCAAAGCAUUUCUAUCCGCGAUUAGCAACACCUACACCAUUGAACUGUUGGCCAAUGAUAUAGCUGAGACUAAGAAGUACACGGCUCGAUUAAUUGAGAUCUUUACAGAUUCCACCUACAAGCUACAAAGCUUUCAACUUGCACCAUGA